UGUAAAUGUCUAAACUGAAAAGCUAAGUAAUAGUAAUGAUACUUAUAAUAGACUGUUUCUUUUUAAGCUUUGUGCAGUGAUACUUCAAUUUAAUAAUAGAACCAUCCAUAAUUAAGGCAAGAAAACUAAUACAAUUUGAGUAGCACAGAUUGUAAAGGAUAGAAAUCAUUUCUUGGAGAUCGUUUUGUUACAUAAUUAAAGAAGAAUUUUUCAAUAAUACAAGAAAAUAAAUUAGAGAGUUAAGACAUGGCAUCUGCAUAAAUGGCAUUGGAAAUGCUAUAUAAAUAAUAAAUACUGGAAUAAAAACCUAUAUUUGAGUCGGAGUCUAUGUAUUUCAUAAAUUAAAGUGGAUUUUAAUAUAAUCAGGAGAAUAAUAUAAACAUCCACAAUUCUAAAAUAUACAAUAGGUAGAUGAAAUAAUAAUUAAAUAACUAGUAUUCUAAUAGAUCAUAAGUAUUUUACGAUUUCUGAAACACUAUCUAAUUAUUAUAGUAAAUAUGUAAGAAAAAUACAGAAAGUUCCAUUUAAAGUACUUGAUGCACCAUAACUUUAAGAUGAUUUUUAUUUGAAUUUGUUAGAUUGGAGUAAUCAGAAUACAUUAUCUGUGGCAUUAAAUUCUUGUGUAUAUUUAUGGUAUGUUAACAAUAAAAUAAUUCAAGGAAUGCUUAAUCUUCUAAAGUUACAAAAUUAUUGGAUCUGCAUAAUGAUUAAGUUACAAGUGUUGCAUGGUCUUUAAGAGGACCUCAUUUGGCAGUUGGAACAAAGAUAGGAGAAGUAUAGAUUUGGGAUGCAGUAAAAUUAUAAAAGGUGCGAACUUACAAGGGCCAUAUAGCAAGAGUAGGAACAUUAUGUUUUUCAGAUAAUGUAUUAAGUAGUGGUUCAAGAGAUAAAUUGAUAUUAUAAAGAGAUUUAAGAUUGAAAGGCAAUUACUUUUAAAAAUAAUAAGCACAUAAAUAAGAGGUUUGUGGAUUGAAAUGGUCACCUGAUGGAUAAAUGUUAGCUUCAGGAGGGAACGAUAAUAAACUAUAUAUAUGGUCAUCACAUAAAUAAGAUAAACCUAUAUUUAAAUUAAGUGAACAUUAAGCUGCAGUAAAAGCAAUAGCAUGGAGUCCUCAUUAACAUGGAUUAUUAGCAAGUGGUGGAGGCACUGCAGAUAAAAUGAUAAGAUUUUGGAAUGCUCUUGAAGGAAAAUCAUUAUUAAAAGAAGACACUGGUAGUCAAGUAUGUAAUCUUAUGUUUAGUAAAAUUGAAAAUGAACUCAUUUCUACACAUGGAUAUAGUCAAAAUUAAAUUGUACUAUGGAAAUGUAAUAAUAUGAAAAGAAUAUCUACAUUAGUUGGACAUACUUGUAGGUACUAUUAUAUAUUUAUAUUUAUAGAGUAUUAUAUUUAGCUAUGUCACCUGAUGGAUCUACUAUUGUAACUGGAGCAGGAGAUGAAACUUUACGAUUUUGGAACAUUUAUCCUUAAAAUAAUUAAGAUUACAAAUAACUAUAUAGUCCUUUAAAUGCUCCAACUAUUCGAUGAUUUUAAGAGCCA